AUGGCCAUGGUGCUGGAUGCUUUAGCUAGCACCAUAGUCAGUAACAUGGCUGACGUUGUUAAGGAGAAGGUGGUAACUGUCCUGGGCGUGAAAGAUGAGCUCAAGAAGCUGCAGCGGAGGCUGGAAAGUAUCAAGCAUGUGCUUCAUGAUGCUGAGAGAAAGCGCAUCCAAUCAGAAUCAGUUGCAGGAUGGGUGAGGGAGCUCAAAGAUGUUAUGUACGAUGCCGAUGACAUAAUUGACCUAUGCAGGUACGAAGGUGGAAAAUUGCUUGAAGGCCAACCGUCUACAUCAUCUGAUUCGUCAACGGUAUGUUGUAGCCGCCCUCGCUUAUUCUCUUGCUUUACUAGCAUCCGUUUCCGGCAUGAGAUUGGUGAUAUGAUUAAGAAACUAAAUGAGAGAUUGGAUGAGAUAUCUAGAAAUAUGUCAGGCCUUAACUUAGUGAAAAGUGAACCAGAUACUCGAAUCACAAUAGUGGACACUUGUCAGACCUCACCUAUCAUAGAUACGUCUGAUAUCGUGGGGAGGGGCAUUGAACGUGCUACAGACGAUCUGGUAGGGAGGAUAGUUAAUAAAGAUGAAAGAAAACUCCAAGUCUUGGCUAUUACCGGAAUGGGCGGAAUAGGGAAGACUACUCUGGCUAAAAAUAUCUUCAAUCACACGAGAGUAAAGUCUGAGUUCUCAACAAAGAUAUGGGUCUGCAUAUCACAAAAUUUCUCAGAGACCUCUUUGCUCAAGGAGAUAAUAAGAGGAGCGGGAGGAGAUCCUUGUAAUUUGCAAACUAAAGCGGAACUGGAACCUCGACUGAAGGAAGCAGUUUCAGGAAAGACUUUCAUUUUGGUGCUAGAUGAUGUGUGGCGAGCAGAUGUAUGGGCGCAUUUACUACGCAAUCCACUACAGAGCGGAGCUGCUGGAAGCCGAGUCCUAGUCACAACUCGAGAUACGAAUGUUGCUAUGCAGAUGGGGGCGGCGGAGCACAUCCAUGCCCUGGAAAAAUUGCCGCCAGAAUCUGGGUGGGAACUGCUCUGCAAGAGUUUAUAUGUCACCGGAGAGGAGGAGGAAAUGCAAAGUCUGAGAGAUGUAGGGGGUGAAAUUGUUGAUAAAUGCGACGGUCUCCCUCUGGCAAUUAAGAGCAUUGCCGGUGUUUUAAUAACAAAAGGGAGAAAUCGGAGGGAAUGGGAAAAAGUUUUGGAAAAGGAUGCAUGGUCUAUGGGCGAGCUACCUGAAGAUGUGAGGGGGGCCUUGUACUUGAGUUAUGAAGAUCUACCCUCUAACCUGAAGCAAUGUUUUCUUUAUUGCUCUUUAUUCCCUGAGGAUUAUCUAUUUGAUCGUGCUGAGCUCGUGAAGUACUGGGCAGCUGAAGGAUUCGCAGAAACGCAAAAUGAUUAUUUCUUAGAACCAGCAGAGGAGUGUUUGGAAGAGCUAGUUAGAAGGAAUCUUAUCUAUAAAGAAAGCGAUUAUCAACGUUAUAAAAUGCACGAUCUCUUGCGAUCACUUGCUCAGUUUCUGUCACAGGAUGAAAGUUUUUGUGGAGAAGCACAGAAAUUAGCUACAGUGUCCGCCACGGCGAAACUUCGCCGUCUGACACUUACGGACAAAGGAGGAAGACUAGCACUCACCCCUCAACCUUUACUUUCGCAGAGGAGCUUGAAAGUCUUGUUUCUAAGAGGCUCUUACAGUCUUGGGAGCGACGUGUUUGUUGGAUUUCCACUUCUCCGGGUCCUGUCACUGGCGAAUUCAGGGAUUGAGAAUAUUCCAGAUGCUGUGGGAAAUCUAAUACACCUGAGGCUUUUGGAUCUUAACAGGACAAGAAUAUCCAGCUUGCCGGAGUCAAUAAGGAACCUUACAAAUCUCCAGGUUCUAAAUCUCGCUCGCUAUUUUUCACUCCGCAGUCUUCCCAAAGGCAUUACUUCACUGUGCAAUUUAAGAAUUAUUGAAGUAGAGACUACUUACCUGUCCUUUGUACCAUCUGGAAUGGGAAGAUUAGAGCGGUUAAAUUACUUCAACGGCUUUGUUGUGGGAGGGGAGCAAGGCUGCAGCUUGGAAGAUUUGAGCCCUUUGGGGCAGCUGAGGGCGCUGGAAAUACAUAACAUAAAGGAGGCGGUGGUAGCGCAGAAGGGACGACAUGUGCUUGGGAACAAACGUCAUCUUAAGGAAUUAAGAUUGGCCUGCACUAAACCGGGGGAAUCCCCACCAGCUGAGUACAGCGAAGGGGAGAUCCGCAGAAUUCAGGAUGUGUUUGAGGAGCUGGCCCCACCGCCAUGCCUGGAAGAAUUAAGAAUCCAUGGAUACUUUGGUCGUCAGUUUCCAGUUUGGAUGAUGCCACCAUCGCUGGGAUUUCUUCUUCCCCAUCUCACAAGUUUGUCCCUUUAUAGAUGCAGAAACGUCGUGCAGCUUCCUCCUCUCGGUCUAUUCCCUGAAUUGAGACGUCUUACUAUUUGGUAUGCCGAAGCGGUUGUAUCCUUUGGCUCAGAGGUUUAUGGGAGCGGUUCUACACAGGCGCUCUUUCCAAAGCUUGAGUCUAUUUAUCUCUUUGGAAUGCCAAAUUUGCAAGAGUGGUCAUUUUGUAGAGAUGAGGAGAUUACUGUGUUCCCAAAUCUAAUGUUCCUGUCUGUUUUGGAAUGCCCGAGAUUGAAAUCACUUCCUGGGGGCCUGAAGGGAUCUCCCUUGAAGGAGUUGUUCAUCCGCAGCUGUCAAAGUCUGGAAAGGAUCUCUCAUCUUCCUGCACUAAGAAAGUUGAGGGUUGAGGGGAUUUGCCCUCAAUUGAAAAAUGUGGAGAAACUGGAUUCAUUGGAGAGGCUAACCUUAAAAAGAUGGCAAAGGGACUUUCUCCCGGAGGGACUGCUGAGGCUGCUGCAAGACCGACAGCUGCAUCAGGAUGAUUAUUUUACACUUGCAUUGCAUUUUAGUAACGAUGCUCUUUUCAUAUUCAACUCGGUGUUUGGUGCUAAUGCUAAGGUUUCAAAAUGUGAAGAAAUCUGUCCAAGACUAAAAAAAGAAGAUGCAGAUUCGACAAUGGCUAGUGAUCUCCUUGAAGGAAAAUCAUGCUAA